AAAGUCUGUGUCAGAUUUAAGACACAUGCUUCUGCAAGCUUCCAUGAAGGUUGUGAAAAAUGUUUUAAUCCAGAGUUCAGUUCCAGCCCUCUGUAGCUCCAAACAUUGGUGGCUGCAUCACCUCCUUUCUGGAACCAGCGGCAUAGGGUGGAGAGAUUUUUUUCUUUAAUUUGCUGGACAUGAAAUGGAUUUAGAGUGCUUGACAAUUUCAGAUGGAAGACAUGUCCACUUCCUGAUUAUUUUUGAGAGCAUGAGGACAUUUUAAUUUUUUUUUCAUCCUUCUCUCUCUCUCCCCCCACAAGAUUAUGCAAAAACGUACCUUGCCUAAUUGAAGUCGUUUCAUUGGCUUUUGAUCACAACUGAUUGUUGAGGUUUUUUUUUCCAUGUGAAGUCGUGGGGUUUUGAACUUUCCUUCUGGAGAAGAGAUGCCUUUUGACACAAUUUUCUCUGGCUGCCUGAUGUCAACUGCUUAAUAGUCAGUGGAUAUUAAAAUAUUCAAAAUGUACACACAGUGGGCGGUGGCGAAUAUUUUCAUGAUGUCUUCCCUGCAGCUGGUACAGGGCUCCAGUUAUGAUGAACACGGAUCAGUGAAGCAGACAUAUCAGUCAAUGUUAGAACGAUCAGAACAGCAGAUUAGAGCUGCUUCUAGUUUGGAGGAACUACUGCGAAUCACGCACUCCGAAAACUGGAAGCUGUGGAGGUGCCGACUGAAGCUCAAGGGUUUUACUGGUAUGGACUCUCGCUCAGCAUCCCAUCGGUCCACCAGGUUUGCGGCAACUUUCUAUGACAUUGAAACUCUCAAAGUUAUAGACGACGAGUGGCAAAGAACCCAGUGCAGCCCGAGAGAGACAUGCGUGGAGGUUGCCACCGAGCUGGGAAAGAGCACCAACACGGUCUUCAAGCCACCCUGCGUGAAUGUGUUCCGGUGCGGCGGCUGCUGCAACGAGGAGAGCCUUGUCUGCACAAACACCAGCACCUCGUACGUUUCCAAACAGCUCUUUGAGAUAUCCGUGCCUUUGACAUCAGUACCUGAAUUAGUACCUGUUAAAGUUGCCAACCAUACAGGUUGUAAGUGCUUGUCAACGGCUCCCCGCCAUCCAUACUCAAUAAUCAGAAGAUCCAUCCAGAUCCCAGAAGAAGACCGCUGUUCCCAUUUCAAGAAACUCUGUCCCAUUGACAUGCUAUGGGAUAGCACCAAAUGUAAAUGUGUUUUACAGGAGGAGAAUCCCCUCAGUGGAAUGGAAGACCACUCUCAUCUCCAGGAACUGGCCCUUUGUGGGCCGCACAGGAUGUUUGAUGAAGAUCGUUGUGAAUGUGUCUGUAAAACGCAGUGCCCCAGAGAUCUCAUCCAGCACCCAGAAAACUGUAGUUGCUUUGAGUGCAGAGAAAGUAUGGAGAGCUGCUGUCAGAAGCAGAAGAUAUUUCACCCAGACACCUGCAGCUGUGAAGACAGAUGCCCCUUUCACACCAGAACAUGUACAAAUGGAAAACCAGUGUGUGUAAAGCACUGCCGCUUUCCAGAGAAAAGAGCUGCCCGUGGGCUCCAAAGUCAAGAAAAUCCUUGAUUCAGCUUUUGUUCCCAAGUUCCCCACUCCUGUCAUUUCAAACAGCAUGCUGCUUUGCCAAGUUGCCAUCGCUGUUUUCUCCAGGUGUUAGAAAAACUCCCUUCUACUAGUACCAGGUUGAAUCCAAACCAACCUUCCAUUUAAACACCAGCUGAGGGUUCCCUGGUUCAUUGACAGAUGUCUUCUAAGGGAAGAUGCCUCUGCAGGCCAAGGAAUGGAGAGGAGGGAACCUGCGUAACCCUUUUUUUUGGCGAAUGAAAAAGGUUUGCUCCUCAUGGGAAGGCAGGUGCCCUGUGCUCGAUUACUCAGAGCCGACAAGGAAAUCUGCGUGGCCUCCGAGUCCUCUGCUAAUUGCAACUCUCUUGUGAAUUCUUAUGAUUCUUUCUUAGACAGAAUUUGAUUUGUAUGAUCAGCACUGACUUUCUGAUUACUGUCCAGCUUGUAGUUUUCGAGUUUACCAAACUACUGUCUGAUGAGUCAUAUUUAAGUGUAUUUAAAGAAAAUAAACACCAUUAC